AUGGGUGUUGUGGAACUGUGGACUCUUUACGCAUUCGCCGUCUCUUUCACGUUUUUGCGCACAUACGCGAGGAUCUCAGCGGUAGGCUAUCGCCAACUUCAAGUUGACGACUAUCUCGUAUGGAUUGCGAUCCUCAUUUAUACAGCUCAGUGCAGCCUUGGGUACAGCCUAGGGGUAUAUGUUCAUGGUUUCGCAAAUGAUGGCAUGACACCUCAUGAGCGCAGUGCGCUUUCGCGAGACGAUCCCGAGUAUGGCAUGAGGGUUACCGGAUCUAAAAUCCAAGUAGCAGGAUGGACGACCGCCGCAUGUCUGCUUUGGUCACUCAAGCUUUGCGUCGCACUUUUCUACCUUCGUCUUACAAACGGUCUCUAUAAGUAUACGACCCGCAUUUGUGUCGCCUUCGUUUUCAUUGUCACUAGCUUCAUCGCCGUAAUCUUCACGAUCUAUCUUUCCUGCCGGCCUUUUCACCAUUACUGGCAAAUCAAUCCGGAUCCUGGAAAUGCAUGUACAGCAGCGGUAUCGAAGAAUCUCAUUUGGGUAACGUUCGUUUUCAACGUACUCACUGACAUAUACCUGCUGUUGAUACCAAUGCCGAUGUUAUGGAAGUCGAGUAUGAAGAGAUACAAGAAGAUAGCGGCCAUGAUAGUACUUGGCGCUGGCAUGCUGGUGAUCGUGUGCGCGGUAGUUAAGAGCUUCUAUCUCAUCAGUGAUCCCCAUAACAGCGCCGAGCUCACAGCUUCUUGGGGCACGCGUGAAACUUUUAUUGCCAUCUUUACCACAAACCUGCCUAUGAUCUUUCCCCUACUCAAGAACUGGUUCGCCCCGUUCUUGUCCAGUACGAUCGGAUCGAGCAAUUCAAAGCCACAAAAGCCGCCUCCAGGCAGUGAUUUUAGAACCAUAGGUGGUGGCUUGGGAGACGGUGGCUUAGGUGUCGCCAGAAUCAGCCGAGCGGCACCACACGAGGCGCGCCACAACAUUACAGAUCUGACUUUUGACAACGAAAGCGAAGAGCAUAUUCUGAACGAAGAGGACUUAAGGCUUGAACACAUCCAAGGGGCUACUAGUGAACAGCAAGGGAAGGAUAUCAUUGUCGUGACAGAUCAGUUCAACGUUAAGUCUGAACACCGCAGCAAUGCACAGAGCAAGGAGUAA